AUGAUGAAUGUAUUGUUUUCGAACCGUCCUUUGUCAAUCACCGCCGGCGAGGCUGGUAUUUACCAAGCUCUCAAUCUUUGCCCUAAUUGCAGAACCGCCUUCUAUUUCAGGCCACUCAAGUUGGUGCCUUUGCAGGGGACUUUUAUAGAGAUUGGGAGAGUUAGAGGUAGGGGUGGGGAGGGGAAUAGUGAAAGUGAUGGGAAUGGGAAAGAUAGGGUUAAGAUUUGGGAGAAACUGAGGUCUUAUGGUGGGGAUGUGGGGGAGAAUUCUUCUGCACCACCGCCACCGGCGGAUGAGAUAGUGGGACCGAGGGUUGUGGUGAGGGAUGGCGGUGGAGAGGAGAGGAGUGGGUGGGGAGGGGCGAAUUUGGGGAACGAGUUGCCGACGCCGAAGGAGAUAUGUAAAGGGCUUGAUGAGUUUGUUAUUGGGCAAGAAAGAGCAAAAAAGGUGCUUUCAGUGGCAGUUUACAACCACUACAAAAGGAUAUAUUAUGCCUCCUUGCAUAAAGACUCAGGUGCAGAAUCAGGUAAAAGUGGAGUUAACUGCUUUGAUAGCGACUUUGUUGAGCUCGAGAAGAGCAAUGUGUUAUUGAUGGGUCCGACUGGCUCAGGGAAGACAUUACUUGCAAAAACACUGGCUCGCGUGGUGAAUGUGCCUUUUGUCAUUGCAGAUGCCACAACAUUAACACAGGCAGGUUAUGUUGGGGAAGAUGUGGAAUCAAUAUUGUACAAACUGCUUACGGUUGCUGAAUUCAAUGUUGAAGCAGCUCAGCAAGGGAUUGUAUACAUCGAUGAAGUUGAUAAGAUAACUAAAAAGGCUGAGAGCUUAAAUACUGGCAGAGAUGUAUCUGGAGAGGGUGUUCAACAAGCUUUGCUGAAAAUGAUCGAAGGAACCAUUGUCAAUGUUCCUGAUAAUAGAGCUCGGAAGCAUCCUCGCGGUGAUAGCAUUCAGAUAGAUACAAAAGAUAUCCUCUUUAUAUGUGGUGGAGCAUUUGUUGAUUUGGAAAAGACUAUUUCAGAGAGGCGACAAGAUUCUUCCAUUGGAUUUGGAGCACCAGUUCGUACUAAUAUGAGACUUGGGGGACUAACUAAUGCUUUAGUGACAUCUUCAUUGCUGGAAUCUGUUGAAAGUGGUGAUCUUACUGCAUAUGGUCUCAUACCUGAAUUUGUUGGGCGGUUUCCUAUUUUAGUGAGUUUGUCUGCUCUCGAUGAGGACCAACUUGUUCAGGUCCUAACAGAGCCCAGAAAUGCUCUUGGUAAGCAAUACAAGAGAAUGUUCAGCAUGAACAAUGUCCGGUUACAUUUUACAAAGAGUGCACUGAGAUUAAUUGCAAAGAAAGCAAUAGCAAAGAAUACCGGUGCUCGUGGUCUAAGAGCCAUAUUAGAAAAUACUCUUACAGAAGCCAUGUUUGAGAUUCCAGAUGCCAAGUCAGGAACUGAUUUUGUAGAUGCAGUUUUGGUUGAUGAAGAGGCUGUAGGAUCAGUGGACACACCAGGAUGUGGGGCGAAAAUUCUUCGUGGGGAUGGUGCGUUGGAGCAGUUUCAUUAUCAAACACAAUCAAGAGAUCUGACGGAAGGCCAGGUGAUCAAGGGAGCAUCCGAGGGAGAACUAGAAAUUUCGUCACGAAUCGUCAGCUUGUAA